GUAACCUAAAAGGGGACUUAAGGUAAAAUGCUUGGUGGGGAGCACAAAAAAGAACGCUUUAGCGAGCGGCUCGAAAACGCUCAGAAUCAGCCUAAAAAUAGAGGAUAUCUACCUGGCACUGUUGCUAUGUCAAGUGGCUACACUCCAGCCACUUUGGAGGGGAACUGGUACGAGGAGCGCGCCGAUGCCAGCUUCCACGACGGUACGGCUGUGCUUCCCAGGGCUAACGAGAGGUGCUGGAUGACGACCUACCGUGAUAUGGUUGGGACCUCCAAGAGCGCCAGGAGAGCUGACUUCAUUAAUUUUGACCAGGGCGUCAUGGUUGAAAUCGUGGACCGCACCCGCUCCAGUUACCCAGGGCAUCAACCCCACCUUGACCCGCAGUGGAAAACUACACUCAAUGAAACCUUUAAGACAACUACACGAGAAACCUAUGUUAACCACCUAGUAGAGAUGCGAAGUGCAUCUGUGAAGGGCGGGCAAGUGGCUUUGUUGCCUGUGUGUCCUGUCAAGGUACACGGCACCGGAAGCACACCAGCCGCACAGGCACGCGGUGUGCUACAACGCCUGCGUCAGCAGCUUCACAAGAGCAUGCCUGGUAGGACGGCUUUGCCCGGUAACGUCAUACGAACACUACGACACGCUCUGCAAGAGAGCUGUACUGAUAAGGACAGCGGUGAAAUCAAUGCAGCGGAGCUGUGUGAAGGAUUGGAAGCUGUCGGUUUGGAGGUGUCUCUGACCGAGUGUGAUGCCGUGAUCAGUGGUUUCGAUUCUCGGGGUCGUGGUGGUACCGCUUUAAUUGACACAGUUAUUGCAGAGCUUCGCGGAAGCGUCAAUGGACGCCGCGAACAGCUGAUUAGGGGCGUGUACGAUCUACUUGAGAGUAUCUGUAAUCGCAGUGAUGGUUAUGGCAUUCUGCGCUCCAGGGACCUCGUGCGGCUGAUUGAUGCCAAGUACUUGCCUUAUAUGGCCGAUAGAUUGUUGUCCGUGGACGAAGCGCGUGCUCUCUUUCGUGACCAACUAGAUUUGCGGACCGGCGACGAAACAUAUAUUAGCUUCGAGGUCUUUCUUCGCUAUUUUAGUGAUGCCGCGUUUGAAAUUGAUUCUGAAAAUGAUUAUGAGCUGUGGAUGCGCAACUGUUGGCAUCUUAGCGGUGGCCAGGAUAAAUCUGCCAAUACGUCGUGCCGCAGACUGGAGGUCCUUCACCACAACGGCAGGGUCACAAAAGAGGAGGUUGUCAACGAUCUCGACAUAUCAGGGAGUGGUGACAUAGUGGCGCAGCGCAUUAUCGAGAACUUGCACCAUCAGGGCAUCAAAGAUGUAAAAAGUUUUCGUGUGCUAUGAUUUCAGUUACUAAACUCGACUUUCUUGUCAUUUACUUCAAAAUUUGUGCUUUAAGCAACGGGUAGGAUGAGAAUCCGAAUCCAGAUGUAUACUAAACAAGUAAAUGGGAAGACACACUUUUCGUGCUAUAUGUGUUGUUUCUAUAUGAAG